CUGGCCGUGCUGGAGGACACCGUACACCACGACCACGGCAGCGUGCUGCAGAUGAACUUCCGGGAACCACAGAGUCUGAAUGGGCGGCUGGUGUUGUCUAGUUUCAAGGCGCCAGUGGGAGGACGGAAAUCUCCUGGGGGAGCAGCGCCUGAAUCUUCUGUUGUCACCGCUCCGGCUGACGAUUCACCUUCUGAUGCAUCUGAUGCAGGCACACAAGGAGCUGAUAAUGCAGCACUCGGCACAGGAGAUAUGUUGGCCAUAAUAUUUGGAAUUCUGUUUGGCGUAACGGCUGUUGCUUUUUAUGUAUACGUAAGAAAAGAUCGGCGCAGGAACCAGAGGUCAUGUGAAAAGAAGCCGAAUGUUAUCUAUAAGGCGGCGACUACAGAGGAGAACAUGGUGUAGCCCAGUGUGGAUAAUAAAUGACUGUGUAUAAUCACUGGAAGCACUGACGCAGGACACGUGUAAUACACCAAUAAAGAAAUGUAUUUAUAAGAACAA